AUGUGUAAAGGACAACAUGGUCUUCCAUUCACUCGAGAAAUAGCAUCACUUGCAUCUCUUCCAGAGACUUAUCAAAUGUUGCAGAAAACAUGUAGGGAUUUUGCAGAUGUCGAACUUAAACCCAUUGCUGAAAAAAUCGAUAAAAAUCAUUUAUUUCCAAAAGAACAAAUUAAAAAAAUGGGUGAGCUGGGGUUGAUGGCUGUCGAUGUGCCAGAAAAUUUAGGAGGAGCUGGUUUGGAUUAUUUGGCAUAUGCAAUCGCUAUGGAAGAAAUAUCAAGAGGUUGUGCUUCGGCUGGAGUCAUCAUGAGUGUUAACAAUUCUCUUUACCUUGGUCCCAUUUUAAAAUUUGGAACGGAUGAACAAAAAAAAAAUUUUAUAACACCUUUCACAACGGGAGACAGAGUAGGCUGCUUUGCUCUUAGCGAACCUGGUAACGGCAGUGAUGCCGGUGCUGCAAGCACUACAGCUGUCGAAAAAGACAAUGAAUAUGUUUUAAACGGAACGAAAGCAUGGAUCACAAACGGUUACGAAUCGGAAGCCACGGUUGUUUUUGCAACCACAGAUAAAAGUAAAAAACACAAAGGUAUAAGUGCCUUUAUCGUGCCCAAACCGACAAAAGGUUUAUCUUUGGGCAAAAAAGAAGAUAAAUUGGGAAUUCGUGGGAGUUCGACUUGUAAUUUAAUUUUUGAAGACUGCAAAAUACCAAAAGAAUCAUUAUUAGGAGAACCGGGUAUGGGAUUUAAAAUAGCAAUGAUGACAUUGGAUGCUGGAAGGAUAGGUAUAGCAUCUCAGGCAUUGGGAAUAGCUCAAUCAUCUCUCGAAUGUGCCGUCGAUUAUGCAUCUAAAAGAAACGCAUUUGGAAAAUCAAUUUUAAAACUUCAAGCCAUUCAGACGAGAUAUCAGUUCUGCAUAAUCAAUGUAUAA